CACUUUCUGGCGAACAUCCCGGAUAGUCCUAGACUUACUCUCUUGAAAAAUGUCGCUGGUGGAUGAAGUUUUGUCUAAGCUUACACUAAGUCAUGAAACAGCUGUCAAAAUCAAGAGCCUUUUGCAAUCAGAGAUGGUGAAGGGAUUGGAAAGAGAUAGUGGCAGCACGUUGAAAAUGCUCCCUACUUAUGUGCACGAUAUACCAAAUGGUACAGAGGAGGGAGAUUUCUUAGCUAUUGAUCUUGGUGGCACAAAUUUCAGAGUAUUGAAGAUCAGUUUGAAAGACAGGAAAUACAAGCAAGUGGAGAAGAAAAUUGAAUUGCCUUUGGAAAUAAUCACGGAUACACAGCAGACUCUGUUUGGUCAUCUGGCAGAUGUGGUUACUGAGUUCAUCAAGGAUAAUAAAAUUUCAGCAACUUUGCCUCUUGGUUUCACUUUCUCAUUUCCAGUGAAACAGCGUAGUCUGACUUCAGGCUUGCUGAUUACGUGGACUAAGAAAUUCACGGCUGAAGGGGCUGUAGGAAAAGACAUUGUGGAGUUGCUGAAAGCUGCUUUUGAUGAAAAACAGGUGAAAGUUGAUGUGGUUGGUCUUGUAAAUGAUACAACAGGGACAAUGAUGGCUUGUGCCCUGACUGACUUCAAUUGCCACGUUGGUGUCAUUCUUGGUACAGGCACAAACGCCUGCUACAUGGAACAAAUAGAGAACAUUCCAAAGUGGACAGGUGACAAGAACCAAAAGCAGGUGAUUAUCAACAUGGAGUGGGGUGCAUUUGGCGAUGCCACUAGUGGAGAUCCACAAGAGGCAGGUGCUUUAGCUGAAAUUCGCACCGAGUUUGAUAAAGAGUUAGAUGUUUCAUCUCCUAAUGCAGGGAAGCAGAGGUAUGAAAAGAUGAUAUCGGGAAUGUAUUUGGGUGAACUUGUACGUUUGGUGUUGGUCCAACUGACAAAAAAAGGACUCAUAUUCAAUGGUUUAGCAUCAGAUGAGCUAUUGACAAGAAAUGUCUUUGACACGUCAUUCAUCUCAAAUGUGGAAGAUUUGAGUAAUUCUGAUCACUCUAAGACAAGAGAGGGACUGUCCAAGCUCAAGCUGAACUUUGCUUCUGAAGAUCUAGACAUUGUAUUGAAAGUCUGCCAAGCCGUGUCAAGACGUGGGGCCCGUCUUGCUGCAGCUGGUGUUGCAGCUGUUGUUGAGAAAAUCAAGAAAGUUGACGAUUGCGUUGUAGCUGUGGAUGGAUCAGUUUUUCAGAAACAUCCUACAUUUAGCGGGAUCAUGAAGGAGACUUUGAAUGAGCUACUGCCAGGAAACAAAAUUCAACUUAAGAGAGCAGAAGAUGGCUCUGGUCGUGGUGCAGCUCUUGUUGCAGCUGUUGCUGUUCGAAUGAAAGGGAAGUUGUAAAGUGUUGAAGAAUUGUUUGAACACUUUGAUUUGCGUAGUUACACAUAACUCUGAUUGUUGCUUGCUGAAUGAAUUUUUCUUAGUAUGUUGUGUUUCUCUUAGUCAUUAAGAGAUUUUGGUUUUUGCUUGAGAAGUCGAAGAGAUGAAAUCCUGAUCUAAUGAACAAA